AUGUCAAGCAGGAAGAAAAACAUUCUGAAAGUUAUUAUACUGGGAGACUCCGGGGUCGGCAAGACAUCUUUGAUGCACCGGUACGUAAGUGACAAGUUCUCUCAGCAGUACAAAGCGACGAUUGGCGCCGAUUUUCUCACAAAAGAAGUGACCAUGGACGGUGACAAAGUAGCCACCAUGCAGGUCUGGGAUACUGCGGGUCAGGAAAGGUUCCAGUCGCUUGGCGUGGCCUUCUACAGGGGUGCAGACUGCUGCGUGCUGGUGUACGACGUGACGAACGCCAAGUCCUUUGAAAACAUUAAGUCGUGGCGCGACGAGUUUCUCGUACACGCGAAUGUUUCGUCGCCGGAAACUUUCCCGUUUGUUAUUCUGGGUAAUAAGCUAGACGUGGAGGAGUCGAAGAAAGUCGUGAGCAAUCGGGCUGCCCAGGACAUGGCCAAGUCGCUAGGAAACAUCCCGCUUUUUUUGACCAGUGCCAAAGGCUCCAUCAAUGUGGACACAGCCUUUGAGGAGAUUGCGCGCAACGCGUUGCAACAGAGCCAGGCCGAUGCAGACGCAUUUGAGGACGACUUCAAUGACGCCAUCAACAUACAGCUCGAUGGUGAACCCAGCUCUUGUAGCUGCUGA